CCUGGCCAUGGGACCUGCCAUGGCUUUCAACGAGGGCAAUUGCCUAUGGGUCCGCGGGAUCCCAAUCGAUUGCCAAAAAGAGGAUUUGCUGAAGAUCUUCAGGAGUUAUGGACGCGUAGCCAACGUUCAUAUUCCGAACGAGCCAUUGACAAGAUGCCACAAAGGCUAUGCUUUCGUCACAAUGACUACUUCCUCUGAGGCGCAGGACUGCAUCCGUGCAUUGCACUGUGCCGAGUUGGGAGGUCAACGGCUGCUGGUUGAAGUGGCAAAGCGUUCCACUGCCUAUGCAAAGACACCUGGCAUCUAUCUGGGCACAACAAGCAGGAGCAGCAGCCGACCCGCGGAACCGGGGCUUUUAAGAGACGAGGCUGCCCUUGCAGAACCUCUGUCAGAGCCAGCUUCAGCAGCUGCCACCUUCGGCACCUUCGGCUUCCCAUCAAUGGAACCAAUGGAGCCAGGCGGGGAACCUCUCACCGAGGAGGACCCUGUCCCAUCGCCGUUUCGCAGGUGUGAAGAGCCUCCAAUGCCUUUGAAGUCCAAAGAGGUGUCCAAGAGUCCGAGGUCACGCAUCAGCCAGUUGGAGGCCGCCAAUGUGCGAGCGGCAGCACAGCAGACGGCCGACUCUCUUCUGCUCCAAUUUCAGCGGCAAGGUUUUGCAGAUCCGCACCAUGCAGCUGCGCAAUGCCUGCAACGAUCCUUGGAGCUGCUGGGCUCUGGCCCAACCAAGGAGCAUUUUGGACCUUUGAAGGAGGACUUCUCCCAACGCGGUCCGCAGGCAGUGGUUGUGCCCGACGAGUUCAAGAACCCAUCAACGUUUUUGCGAGUCUAUGGAGAUCCUGCUGUCAAGGGUUUGUCCGGUUUGUCCAGUUUGUCCCAUCAUAGGCCUGAGAGCAUGCAGGACCGUCCGCAGUGCAAAGGUGUCGCCAUGGCUCCGAAGGUGGCGGAAGCCAAACCCAAACCCAAAGCCCAGGUCAGAGCGGUCAGAGCGGUCGCUCCAAAGCCAGCAAUUGCCAAAGGCAAAGGAAGAGCAGCACAAGUCGCACCCGACGUGCGUGCGCGUUUGCCCUUCCAAGCAUUGUGCUUGAAGCUGGCGGGCCAGAUGCCGGUGAUGCUGAUACGCAGCCUUGUUUCGAAGGGUGUCAUUCCACCUGAGAUGGGUUUUGGGCCAGCUGCCCCAGCACCAAUGUCAUUGGAAGAACUGCGCCAAAAGACGCAAGAAACGGUGACUGGCGCUCUUCAGCAGAUUCAGGGCUGGCGAGAUCGAGCAGAACUGAUGCAGUGUCUAAAUUCGGUUAUCCCUUUGGAACGCUUCUCGGAAGCUUGGCGACCUAUCCGAGACGCAGCUCUCGAAACAUGUGAGGCCAUGGCAUGGCCGUUAGCUGAUGGCCAUGCCCUGGUGCUUCUGGAAUUCCUCGGUGGUGGUUACGGUGCCUUGGUAGCGGCUGCUUGGGCCAUGCGAAAGGAUGAUUGGGAUGCCUACAAAGCCGCUGUUAUGGCUAAACCAGUUGAGCCUAUCUCUAAUGAGACACUUGGUGGAAGGACAUCGGAUGAAUGUUUUGAUAGCCAUUUUCUGAUGAACAGCAUCUUGGAGUCCGCGGAUCCUGGACGCGUCAACGGUUUUUUGGCCGCCUUUCCAGAUCGUGGCUUCGGGACAGCCGAAUUCUUCUCCGUGAUGCAAGCUCUGUGUGUUUGGGGUGAGCUUCCAGUCCUCUUCAUGCUUGGUGGAAAGUAUUGGAAGAUGUCGGAAGUGUUGCUGCCGUGCUAUGCCUUGCUAUGCCAACCGCUGAAGGUCGGCUUCUGGUGCUAUGCCUUUCUUUCCUCAUUGAGCGGUGGAUUCUUCCAGCCUUUGUCUCACAGAGCCAUAGCUCUGGAUAUGGAGGGUGCAGAGAUUGCCGAGAGUGCCUUGAAUGAUGCUUUUGACGGUGACCUAGAGGAUUUCGAGACGCUGCCGUGCUCUUGGACCUAUGUGAUCGUGUGCAUUGUUCUGCCCUUUCUGACUGGUCAAAUAAAUGUUUUGCCCACCCCUGGCUACACACUCCAUUUUGAAGAAAUGGGAUGGCCACUCACAUCAGCAGGUGCAGCAUUUAGCGCUGGCUUUGGGCUACGUAUUAUUAUGCAGCAAGUUGUGCUGCGGGCUGGAUACUGGAUCGCUGUGCCCCUGUGCAUGGUUCACUUGACAAUCGUCAUAUUGGCCCUGAUCUACACUACAAGCGAGUGGGCUGUGUGUGCACAGCUCGUAGUUGUUUGGGGCAUUGACCCAGCCUGUGCCAUUGAAGGCAUAGCAUUUGAUUGCUUUGGUGCUUCAGAAACCCAGGCGAGACAGGCGAGUUCAACGUCACUGUCUAUGUCCACUAUUAGUAUAGCAGUCUCCUGUACCAUCGGUGGGCUUAUCUAUGAUGCAACCGGCUGGACGGGUGUCACAGCAUAUCACUGUGCUCUUGAAGGCCUUCUCGUCCUCUUGUUGUCUCUUCAGCCGGCAUGUCGAAAGUCAUUCAUGGAGGUCUUCUUCCCUAAGAAAGAUCCAGAGGUGGAAGCGGCUGAGGAUCAGACUGAAACUAGUGGAGAGAUGGUCUUCAAACAGGUGGUCCCAGGACAGGCUCAAGCCGUGCAGUUGCCUGGUGCCACUGAAGAGCUUCAUCUUGAGGAGGUGGAGGAUGAAAACGCGAAGAAGGCUUCGAGCAUGCGCAGAAGGCAGGUCAGUAAAGAGAACGACCAGGACGACCAGUCACCUGGCCAAGAGGAAUGGGAGAUUGGUCUUGCUGUUCUGUGGUGUUAUGCUUUGUCGCCGGCCAUGAAAUGGUCCGAGCCAGACCAAAAGGCAACCUCCUCUGCUCGGAUUAGUAUCAUCUCGCAAUCACCUGCUCGCGCACACCGUCGCGGUUCAAACCGUGCCAGUCUUAAGUCGAACAACUCAGCUCAUCGCCGCGCUUCGGGACGCUCCGCUCGUGCCAGUAUUCAGAGCCGCCAAAGCGACCACACUGAGCAGAGCGCCCGGACUGGCUUCACAGCUUUCACGAGGGGAUCUGCCUUCACUGCUAUCACAAAGAUGACGGCCUUGUCUCAAGCUGGGGAAGACUUCCGUCACCACUUUGGAACGAGCACGUCCGUGCUACCGCAGAUCGUAGGCGGCUCCAACUUGAGGAUGAGGAUGAGGAUGAGCAUGGAAUUGCAAAGCAAUCAUCUGUGA